GUCCGUUCUAGUACUUUAGCUCUCAGGAUGCUACGGUGGCCGAGGAGGACAGUAGACCUCGGUGUAAAGCAGGCGUUCAGACUAAUAGCUGCUCCGAUUAAAAGCUGAUAAAACUUCACCGAAUCACACCGUCAUCGUUUCUGUUUCCAUCGUCGGUCCGUGUGCGCGGUACUGGACGAUUUAACUACCUGAAGCAUUUGAAGUUGGCGCUGAGUGACGCUUCCUGCACCCGUGUCCUCUGACCCCUGGUUUACUUACCUGGUGGGUCGUCUGGUUCCAGGAUCGGUGGCAUGGAAGAGGAACAGGCCCGUCACUUUCUGCAGCGGUUUGUGGAGGAAUUCCCGGCAGCUGUGCCGGAAGGCGGCUGCCUGCCGGUACGGGGAGCGAGCUCCAGACUCUCCCUGGAAGAGCUGGAAGGAGAAGUGCUGGACGUGGGGCUGAAGAUGCUGGCCGGCAGGGGUGCUCCAGCAGCUACCAGCGUGCUCUUGUGCCAGGCAGCAUUGUCCCAGCUGCUGCAGUCUGACCUUUCACCUUUCUACUGCCCACAGGAGGAGGAGGAGGAGCCUGCAGUCUUGCUUCAGUCAGAGUUGGUCCAACAUCUCUUCCUCAACAAGCUGAUAGACAUUGCACUGCUAUGGCAUCAAAACCUCCCCAAGAUGCCUGCCACUUCGUCCCGCUUCCUCCAGUGUUGCAUUCAUGCCAUCAAGAAUACUAGAAGGAAGAUGGAGGACAAACAUGUGGUCCUACCUGAAUUCAACCAGCUCUUCAAUCUCCAGGAUGGGGUGGAUCGUGCUUAUUAUGCCGUGUUCGAUGGCCAUGGGGGAGUGGACGCCGCUGCUUAUGCCGCCACACACCUCCAUGUUGUUGUCAGUAAACAGGAGUCCCUCCAGACUGAUGCAGCCACGGCUUUGUCCAGUGCCUUCAGACGCACAGACGACAUGUUCAGAUGGAAGGCUCAGAGAGAGCGUCUCCGCAGCGGUACCACUGGUGUGGUGGUUCUGAUCCAGGGUCAGGAGCUGAUCGUGUCCUGGCUGGGGGACUCACAGGCUGUCCUGGUCAGAAAAGGACACACAGUCCCACUGAUGGACCCCCACAAACCAGACAGAGAGGAUGAAAAGCAGAGGAUUGAGGAUCUUGGUGGCUGCAUCACGUUCAUGGGUUGUUGGCGUGUAAACGGCAUGUAUGCUGUAUCCAGAGCGAUCGGUGACUUUGACCAGAAGCCCUAUGUGUCUGGAGAUGCUGAUUGCUCCACCACUCAGCUCUGCGGGGAUGAAGACUACGUACUGCUGGCCUGCGAUGGUUUUUUUGAUGCAGUCAAUCCUUCUGAGGUCCCGCAUCUGGUCCUGGAGGCGCUCCAGCAGCCUGGUGGCUCUGAGGGAGGAGCAGAUGGUCCACUGGAGCUGAGUGCUGCUCAUCACUUGGUUGCUCAUGCCAAGGCUGCGGGUUCCACUGAUAAUAUUACUGUAAUGCUUGUGUUCCUGCGCCCACCCGAGGAGCUGCUGGCUGCAGACGUCAGCGCAGCUCAGCAGUGAGGGGACAACUGCUGUCCUCACAAUGGUGCCAAACUACUGCCUGACUCAUGUUCUUCAGCCACUUCCUGCUUCCACAGAACCUUCUCUCAGACUGAACUCAUGUUACUUAAAUUCCACCAGUAAAGAUGGACUCUCACCCUCAUGUACAAAGACACAUUGACUUUCUACUAAAAGUUGGUGUUCACCAAAACCCUGAAUCUGGCAUAAGCACAAAUAAUAUUCAGAUAUAUCAAAGUGUGAGUCGGCAUGAAUCCACACACGUUUGGUUUGUACAUCACACUGAAUGUGGAAUUUAACACACGCACAAAACUCUUCCCUGGCCACGCCUCUGCCUGAAUAUGCAUCCAUCCAUCCAUCCAUUUUCUUCCGCUUUAUCCGGAGUCGGGUCGCUAACAUUAACCGCUAACCGCUAACUUUCAGGAUUGUCUCUGGUACACUCUCAGCUACUGACAAGCCGGUUUUGAGUUUAAGCACCGCCAAGACUAUCACAAACCCAAAAUGAGCCUCUGCUCAUCACUGAUUGGUUGAUUUAUUAUACGUAAAAGCCACCACACGUUACUGUAACGUGUGGUAGUUUUUACAAAUAAAUGUGUAUUUGUAAAAUGUCGGUUUUUUUUUUCAUUUGUUAAAAAAAGAAAUAAAAGGCAUUUGCAAAACUGUUUAAUAGUGUGAUUCAGCUCAACAGCCAUUUGAUAUUUGGGUGGGCGUUAUUCACACUGCCAUCCAGUAGAUGGCAAUGGUCUAUGCAUUUUGACCCAUCAGUCAAUGAUGGACGAAUGCUACCGAAAACAUAAUUCAUAUUUCGUUUUGCUGCUGUUCUGGGCGGUUUUUUAUCGUUUGCUUCGUUUUUGUAAUGUUAGCGUUUAAUUUGACUUUGUUCAACCAGCUGAAUGUUUUCACACAGUACAAAAGCCGGUUUUUGAGUGCUUUUGUGCAGCUCCUCCACGGCGGUGCUGGUGUGUGGUGUGGGGAUUCUGCCGCUGCAUGUGAUGUGGCAAAUGCUGCCGCGGUCAUGCUGUGGUGCUGGCCACCCAGGAAGAAUUUGUCCGCCUCUCCGCUAGCGCACGGCGGCCCAUGAUUGUGGUGUGGUUCCAGCACUGUGCACACAUGAGGAGAGAGUUGCUGCACAAAAAGUCUGGCCAGAGCUGCAGCAUUCUGUCCAGGAAUUCUGAAGGGCUUACUGUUCUCUAGCCUGUGCAGACAGAAGAGCCUGCUGGCCCUUUCAGCGUCUGACAGGUCAAAACUUUUGAGUAAGUGCGUAUUUUUUCACAGCAGGGGGCGUUGCAGCAGCGCAAUCUGCUUCAUUUCCAUGGAGAUGACGGGCGACACAAUGUAAUAAUAAUUUGUCAUCUGCUCUGAUCUUUCAGACCAAACUGCACAUCGGUUUGUGAAAACCAGGUGGCAGCUUACAGGAGCUUUCGUGUGUUGUUUUUUUUUUUUUUGGUUUUUUUGUAAAAAUUAGACAUCUUCUGGAUGUUGAGCAAGCGCUUAAGUUUUUUGUUUGUUUUUUUUAACUGGAGCAAGAUGGAGCGUGCAUCGUGUCAUCAGAGUCUGAACCAGACAGGAUUCUGAUGAUGGAGAUGAUCCCUCUUUUGUUCUGGACGAGGAACCGAAGCAGGUGGAUCCACCGACGUGCAAAGAGAGAGGUCAGAUCACGCGCAGCUGAGCUCCAUCCCAGCGCCGAGUCCUAGAACACAGAGAUGCAGACACAAUCUGCUCCAGCAGUUGUUCCAGGCGUGUUUCGUUUAAAGUGUCAAGAUCGAUAGCUUCAGUUUCAUUUUGUUCCUCUUUUGUCCCUUUUGCGUUCUUAACUCACAGGUUAUUUGGUGAUAGGAAAAGUCAAAAUCACAAAUCAUCUACCUUUUCUCGACGAUUUGUGAUUCUACUUUUCCCUUCGUUCAGGAAUUGUUGUGUGCCGUGUAACCGGGCCUUGACUCACUCACUCACACAUCUUCAACCACUUACUCCAAUUAAGGGUCACGGGAGGCUGGAGCCUAUACCAGCAGUCAUAGGGCGUGAGGUGGGUUCACUCUGGACAGGACGCCAGU